CGAAUUAAUUAGCUGAAAAUGGGAAUACAUUUUAAGCAAUGGGCACUUUUAUUAAUGCCCUUACUAGUUCAAUCAAAUGGAGUAUCGACAAAUGACUCGGUUGGUGUCUCAAAUGUAAUGUCAAUUAUUUGGAUUCUAAUUUAAAGUUAAACGCAGUGCACAAGGGAUUCGAGAGAGAAGGAUUCGGAGUGCGGAACCUACUGCUAUAAAGUGGUUAAACCGCUUCUUAGCUACGCAGCCUCUAUACGUGCAAAGGAAGAACAAUUCGCAGAGUUAGAGAGUAAAAUCAAUGAGCAAAAGGCGACUGUAUUUAAUUUGAGGGAAACUAUCAGGCAAAAGGAUCUUCAACUGACUCAACAAAUCGAACUGACCGCCUUGUAUAAGAGCAAUAAUGCACUGUUAGAGAAACAGCUCGUCUCAAAUGAUGUUCUUAUAAAUAAUCUGCAAUCCAAAGUUAAAUCGGCAGAUUCCCAAAUCAACGAACAAGAUAAAGAACUAAAAAAAUCGCUAUCGAAGCACGAAAAUAAUGAAUUAAAUGUUGCCAAGAUCAAACAACUUGAAUCGAAACUCUCAGAGUGUAAUGCGAUGAGCGAAACAAUCAGGCAAAAGGACCUUCAACUGACCCAACAAAUCGAAUUGACCGCCUCGUAUAAGAGCAAUAUUACAGAGCUGGAGGAACAACUCGUCUCAAAUGGUGUUCUUAUAACUAAUUUGGAAUCCAAAAUUAAAUCGGCAGAUUCCCAAAUCAAUGAAAAAGAUAAAGAAUUAAAGAUAUCAAGAUCUAAGCAUGAAGAUAAUGAAUUAAAUGUGGCCAAGAUCAAACAACUUGAAUCGAAACUUUCAGAGUUCAAAGCUAUGUCUAUAAUCCCUAACUGCCUACGAAAACCAAGUGGUGUGUAUGCGAUAAAGGUACCCGAUAUGUAUCCAUUCUCCGUGUCCUGUGACUCGAAGUUCGCCGGUUCCGGGUGGAUCGUUAUUCAACGCCGUAUUAAUGGCAGUGUGACCUUUAACCGAGGCUGGGAUGAGUACAAGGCAGGUUUUGGGGAUUUGCGAGGCGAGUUCUUUAUCGGACUCGAGAAACUCCAUAAACUGACCCAAUCGCAACCUCACGAAUUAUAUAUAUCUCUAGAGGACUUUCAAAAUGAAACCCGUUAUGUCCGAUACAGUAACUUUGUUAUUGGCAACGAGACAGAGUUGUAUAAGAUAAAAAUGCUUGGAGAUUUUACAGGAAAUACUGGUGAUUCCUUCAAGUAUCAUUUACACCGAAAUUUUUCAACAUCAGAUCGCGAUAAUGAUAUUGCUGUGACAAACUGUGCUCGUACUUACGAGUCUGGAUGGUGGUUUUAUAACUGUUCUCACUGCGAUUUAAAUGGACCUUAUACCUCGAAAGGUGCACGACAUAAACCGAGAAUUUCUUGGAAUAGUUGGCACAUGAAGUCACUUAAAUUUACCCAAAUGAUGAUCAAACAGAAGUCUUCUUCGUUCGCAAAUGCUCUCUAAUGUUUACUGCAAAUUCUUCUUUUAAUU